AUGAAAAAAGAAAUACCCAAUAGUUCAAACAGUUCAUCGAGUUUUUUGAAAAAAGAAACCCCCAAUGCUUUAAACAGUUCAUCGAGUUUUUUGAAAAAAGAAAUACCCAAUAGUUCAAACAGUUCAACGAGUUUUUUGAAAAAAGGGAGUACUGUUAGUUUAUGGAAGAAGAAGGGGAAUGUAAAAGGAAAAGAAAUUGUAAAGGAUCAGGAAAGUAAAAAAGAAAAUUUAUUUAUGAAAAAAAAUAACAUAAGCAUAGAAAAAGGAAAUAGUACAAGCAUGUUAGCUACUUCAAAACUAAAGAAUGAAGAGAAUUUAAAAAAUAAAAAAAAACAAAAUGAAAUAAAAAAUAUGAGCAAUAACAGUGUUAGUAAAAAGUUGAGCAUACAAGAGAUUCAAAAGGAAGAGAAAGAAAGUGAAAUAGAUGAAGGAAAUAAAGUGGGGGACGAAGUAGAAAUUGUUUCUAAAAUGAAAAUAUUAAAUAAUAUGAUUGAGCAUAAUGAAAGUGUGAAGGGUUUUGAAAAAGGUGAGCAUAAAAAUGGAAUGAAAAAUGAAAUAAAAAAUGAAAAGGAUGACAGUAUAGAAAUUGAAGGACUUGAUAAGGUAGACAUUUUUUCUAAAAAUGAAAUAAAGUUUGACGAUGAAAAAAAAUAUGAGUUAUAUGGAGAUGAAUUGCAUAGUGAGGAUGUUGAAAAAAAAAAAAGUAAUGACUACGAAGGAAUAAGACAUAAAAAAAGUAGUAUAUAUAAAAAAAUAUUAAAAAAAUUAAAUAUAGAUAAAAAUGAUGAGGUUGAAAAUAGUCAUAUAAUAGUGUUAGGAAAUAAAGAUGUAGGAAAAUCUUCAUUAUUAAAAUCGUUGCAAAGAAUAUCAUUAGAAGGGGAUGGAGAAUAUACAGACUUAUUAUAUAAAAAUGAAAUAAGAGUAUUACCUUUUGAUUAUGGAUGUUUAAAUAUAAAAAAUUUUGAGGAUGAUAAAAAAAUACAUGAUAUACAAGGGAAUAGUCAUGUAUGGAUAUUACAACAUCCUUGUUAUACUAGUUUGUUAAUUAAAAAUCUUAAAAACUUUAAAAAUAUAAAAAAAAUCCUUAUUUUAAUUUGUACUGAUUUAUAUAAACCAUAUAAUAUAAUUUCAGAGAUAAACAGCUGGAUUGAUGUUAUGCAUAAAAUUUAUGAGGAAGUAUAUUCGGACUAUGACAUGGAUGUCGUUAGUGAGUUGAAGAGCAAUUUGGAGAAGUACAUAUAUAAUUACAAAGGCUUGAAAAAAAAUGAAAAAAAUAUCAAACAAGAAGAGAAUCAUGUAAUGAAUGAAAUCGAGGGAUAUUCUGAUUUUGAAAAAAACAAGGAAGGAAGUAUAGACAGUGUAAAUAAUGUGACAGAAGAAGAGGAGGGUCAAGCAAAAUUAAUAAAAAUAAAUUUAUCGUUUCCGAUAGUUUUUGUUAUAUGUAAAUCUGAUGGAUAUGAAAUAUUAAAUAAUAGAACAUAUCAAGGAUAUAUAGAUGUAAUUAUAUCUUACUUAAGAAAUUUAGCUAUAAGUUAUCAAGCUGCAAUAAUAUUUUGUAAUACUAUAAAUAAAAAUGAACUAAUUAAUGUUGAACUUUUAUAUAAAUAUAUGAUGCAUAGAUUAUAUGAUUUUCCAUUUAAAGAAAAAGAAAUAUUAGAUUGUUAUGAAAAAAUAUUUAUACCUUCAGGAUAUGAUGAUGAAGAAUUAAUAAAUAAGUCUAUUAAAAAUACAUUUGUUGGUAAUUUCAAUAAACCAUAUGAUUCUAUUAUUAUUAAGCCAAUGACAAAUAAAACAAUUGUUGCUGAACAUAGCCAAAAUAUCGUUCCUGCAAUUUAUUAUAAUGAUUUUUUAGCUAGUAUAUCUACAAACUCUUCCAAUGAUAAUAUGACAAAUGGCUAUAUAAAAAAAGAUAUGAAUAGCAUUAGUAUUGAUAAUAUUGAAUUGCCAAAUGGGGUGAAUAAUAAAGAUAAUCGAAAUCAAAGUAGCAAUCCUGAAAAUGAUAAUGGAAAUAAUAAUUAUAGUGUUACAAAUAAUGAAAAUAAUAAUGACAAAAGCGAUAAAUUUUUGCAUAGUUUUUUUCAAAACCUUCUUGAAAAAGGAAGAUCUAAAUCUCCUAGUGUACCAACUAUUGAUCCAUUAAUUUUAGAAAAAAAAAAAAAAAUAAUAAAAUAA